AUGUUUGACAUAGAAAUUGCUACCGGAAGAACCACCACCGUUAGUUCUGUUCUUCGUGAUUGUACUCUCGAACUCAACAAUCACGUUUUCCCGAUCGAUCUCAUCCCGAUGCAACUUGGUAGUUUCGAUAUCAUAGUAGGCAUGGAUUUUCUUUGUGAAAAACGUCCUGAAGUUGUUUGCUUUGAAAAGAUGAUUCGUUUCUCUCUUUCUAAUGGUGACCAACUCUGUGCUUAUGGCGAAGUAUCCUCGAAAGAACUAAAACUUAUGUCAUGCAUUCAAACAAGCAAGUAUCUCCGCAAGGAAUACAUGGCUUUCUUGGCGCAUAUUGUAGUAGCGGAGAAGGAAAAGAAACAGAUGGAAAAGGUACUUCUGGUUCGUGAUUUUCCUAAUGUCUUUCCUGACGAUUUACCCGGUCUACCCCCGACUCAUGAUAUCGAUUUCCGUAUCGACCAAAUUCGUGGAGCUAACCCUAUCGCUAAAGCUCCUUAUCACCUCGGUGCAUCCGAAAUGUGUGAACUUUCUAGUCAACUCUAG